CCAGUCUCAGAUUCAUCCAUUUUGCUAUCCGGAUAUCUUUUUCCAUGCAAUACAAUUCCUUCUUUGAAUUUUCUAAUUCACCAAGCCCUAUAUAAACAACCCCAACCCCAAACAAGCCAUCACCAACACUCUCAAAAUCACCAAAUAGCUGAGCCAUUUUCUUCUCUUACAGCCUUCAAAAACCUUCAUCUUUUUCCUUUUCUCCACAUUUGUAUACGGAACAAUCUGCAAAAACUCCUCCUCCUUAGUAUUUUGUUAGAACAAACCAAAUGGCUCCUGAUCUUAUAAGUGCUGCAACCAAGCCCACCACCGGUCUAGCCAAGGCUGCCAGUCUUUCUAGCCGUGCAUAUGUUACCUUCUUGGCUGGCAACGGUGACUAUGUGAAAGGCGUGGUUGGCUUAGCUAAAGGGUUAAGAAAAGUGAAAACUGCUUACCCUCUUGUGGUGGCAGUUCUUCCAGACGUCCCGGAGGAACACCGCCGUAUACUGGUGUCUCAAGGCUGUAUAGUCCGUGAAAUUGAGCCGGUGUACCCACCGGAGAACCAGACGCAGUUUGCAAUGGCAUACUAUGUCAUCAACUACUCCAAGCUUCGUAUCUGGGAGUUUGUAGAGUACAGUAAGAUGAUAUACUUGGAUGGAGAUAUUCAAGUGUUUGACAACAUCGACCACCUCUUUGACAUGCCAAAUGGUCAUUUUUAUGCUGUGAUGGAUUGUUUCUGUGAAAAGACUUGGAGCCAGAGUCCCCAGUACAAAAUAGGAUAUUGUCAACAGUGUCCAAACAAGGUCCAGUGGCCGGUUGAGUUGGGACCCAAGCCUCCUCUUUACUUCAAUGCUGGGAUGUUUGUCUACGAGCCCAGCCUCUCUAUCUAUGAUGAUCUUUUGCAAACCCUCAAAAUCACUCCUCCUACCUCUUUCGCUGAGCAGGAUUUCUUAAACAUGUUCUUUAGGGACAUCUACAGGCCUAUCCCUCCAAUCUACAACUUGGUCUUGGCCAUGUUGUGGCGCCACCCCGAGAACAUUGAGCUUGACAAAGCAAAAGUUGUUCACUAUUGUGCUGCGGGUUCAAAGCCAUGGAGGUUCACUGGCAAAGAAGAGAAUAUGGAGAGAGAAGAUAUCAAGAUGCUGGUGAAGCAGUGGUGGGAUAUUUACAACGAUGAGUCACUAGAUUAUCAAAUGACUAAUGUAGUAGCUGUCACGACGGUGCUUUCGGAGUCUGGGGUUGUUUAUUCCGUUACCGCACCAUCUGCCGCUUAGACAAUUAUGAAUUGUUUUUUGGUUAUCUAGGGUCAUAAUCCAUGAGAUGAAGGAUUUCUUAUCAGGAGGAUGAUUCUGGUUUUUGUUUUGCUUGAUUAUUGUUUGGGAUUGUAUACACUUUGAAGUCUAUGUAAAUGAUUUACUUUGAAGUCUAUGUAAAUGAUAUACUUUGAAGUAUCUAUGAAGGAGUAUUUCAUCUUU